UGUUCGCGCAAACAAUCACACGUCAUCAGCGGGUUCCUUGAAGCUGUGCAGAGCGAGCGCGAGAAUGGAAGGCGAUCCGCAGCUACCUUAUGUUCCUCCUGAACCACCAGUAAAAGGAAACAAGAAAAGAAAGUCCGUGUUAGAAACUUCUACAACGAAAAAACAUCUGGAUCAAGAGCGUGCUAAAAGCAGAAUUAACUCUGCUCUGUGUGUGUUCAUGUGUGAUAGAGGAGGCGUGGCUUUGGAGACACCUCUGAAGGGAGGGCUUUCAAAACUAGCUUGCUAACUGCUAGCCUCUCUGGAUUACGCACCCUAGCAUUAAGUCCAGCCCAUUCAUGGGGCUGUACGUAAAUAUACUGCACUGCACUCUCCCAAAUCUUUUCGAGAGAACUUUAUCGUGAACAUGAAGGACAUGAUUCGGAUUCAGUAGUUCAUGUAACGUCAUUUCAACUGAACAUUGGGUUCUCAGCAUUUGUUAUUGUUUUGGUUUUGCAUAAGAUCUUUUCAUUGAAAGCAAUGGAGUGGCUGAAAAAAAAACGUUGACAUCUAUAGACAUUCACUAUUCUGCAUAAUGAUCAGACGUGAAUCUGGAGCUCAGUCGGUGGAUAUGAUGUCAUUCCCUCCAGACUGGUUUGUCGAGAUUAGUCAAACUGUGGAUGACUCCAGCCAUGUGCUCCACUGUCCCCCCACUAAUAAAUGUCAUACCUCUAGGAGGGGGGAAAUGUAGCCACAUCACAGUGCCCCGUCUCUUCAUAACAGACCUGAUGACAGAUCUCGUGGUUGGAACAUGUUUGAUACGAAGGCAGAUUUACUCAACUAUUCCAUGCAUUUCACUUCAUUGUUUCUGUGUAUGGUGAUCAUGUUAACGAGACAGAUCAAAGGAUGCAGCAUAGAGAGUGAGGAUAUUGUAAAAAAGAUUGCAGCGGAGCUGCGCAAAAUGGAAACAAAUGAUUGCAUGUUGUACACUCCAUCUCUAGCUGAUUAUGAGCAGAACUGCUCCAGAUCCACACUUACAUGCUUUGCAUUGGAAGUGAAUGUUCUAGUCCUUGAAAUCAAGAGUGUGACCUGGAAUUCUAAGCAAUUAUUUAAUAUGCUCAACAGACUGAGCAAAAAGAUUGCUCCAUUGGUGCAGGUGGGAAAAUAACCCUGCUGCAGCCAAUCCUACGACUAAACCUCUACAAUACUAGGCUCAGGAUGAGUACUGCAAAGUGAUCUAGGGUAGGAUAAUGAGACAGUCAAUAGUUUGUUCACUGUGACUUUGUAGGCUUCCGAGGACUCAGGAUGUAUUAGUAUAUUUGGGAACUGGCAGUUUAGUUAACUAGGAGGAAGGGGAACCACAUGGUUAAAGGAACAAUAAACGUCUAUGGACAGCAUUUGUAGCAUGCUGUCAGUUGCCACAGAAAACAAUUUUGACUAGUUUGUAAAAAACAAAAAACAAAAAAAAAAACACGUUUAUAGUAAUGCAAUUACUACAGAAGGCUAGCAAACUGAUCUGUGAAAAAUAGAAUCUAUCACACGGUUUUCAAAAUAUAGCCAUAACACUUAAACUUUACACGUUAGCACGAUUAGUGUAAUAUACAGUGCAUCCGGAAAGUAUUCACAGCGCUUCACUUUGUUACAGCCUUAUUCCAAAACGGAUUAAAUUAUUUUCCUCAAGUCUACAAACAAUACCCCAUAAUGACAAUGUGAAAGAAAUAUGUUUGAAAUCUUUGCAAAUUUAUAAAAAAAAAAAAAAAAAAACCCUCACACAUGUACAUAAGUAUUCACAGUCUUUGCUCAAUACUUUGUUGAAGCACCUUUGGCACCAAUUACAGCCUCAAGUCUUUUUGAGUAUGAUGCUACAAGCUUGGCACACCUAUUUUUGGGCAGUUUCUCCCAUUCUUCUUUGCAGGACCUCUCAAGCUCCUUCAGGUUGGAUGGGGAGCAUCGGUGCACAGCCAUUUUCAGAUCUCUCCAGAGAUGUUCAAUCGGGUUCAAGUCUGGGCUCUGGCUGGGCCACUCAAGGAUAUUCACAGAGUUGUCCUGUAGCCACUCCUUUGUUAUCUUGGCUGUGUGCUAAGGGUUGUUGUCCUGUUGGAAGAUGAACCUUUGCCCCAGUCUGAGGUCCAGAGCGCUCUGGAGCAGGUUUUCGUCAAGGAUGUCUCUUUACAUUGCUGCAUUCAUCUUUCCCUCGAUCCUGACUUGUCUCCUAGUUCCUGCUGUUGAAAAACAUCCCUACAGCAUGAUGCUGCCACCACCAUGCUUCACUGUAGGGAUGGUAUAAGCCAGGUGAUGAGUGGUGCCUGGUUUCCUCGAGACAUGAUGCUUGCCAUUCAGGCCAAAGAGUUCAAUCUUUGUUUCUCAUGGUCAGAGAGUCCUUCAGGUGCCUUUUGGCAAACUCCAGGCGGGCUGUCAUGUGCCUUUUACUGAGGAGUGGCUUCCGUCUGGCCACUCUACCAUACAGGCCUGAUUGGUGGAGUGCUGCAGAGAUGGUUGUUCUUCUGGAAGGUUCUCCUCUCUCCACAGAGAAAUGCUGGAGCUCUGUCAGAGUGACCAUCAGGUUCUUGGUCACCUACCUGACAAAGGCCCUUCUCCCCUGAUCGCUCAGUUUGGCCGGGCGGCCAGCUCUAGGAAGAGUCCUGGUGGUUCCAAACUUCUUCCAUUUACGGAUGAUGGAGGCCACUGUGCUCAUUGGGACCUUCAAUGCUGCAGAAAUUUUUCUGUACCCUUCCCCAGAUCUGUGCCUUGAUACAAUCCUGUCUCGGAGGUCUACAGACAAUUCCUUGGACUUCAUGGCUUGGUUUGUGCUCUGACAUGCAUUGUUAACUGUGGGACCUUAUAUAGACAGGUGUGUGCCUUUCCAAAUUGUGUCCAAUCAACUGAAUUUACCACAGGUGGACUCCAAUCAAGUUGUAGAAACAUCUCAAGGAUGAUCAGUGGAAACAGGAUGCACCUGAGCUCAAUUUUGAGUGUCAUGGCAAAGGCUGUGAAUACUUACGUACAUGUGAUUUUUUUUUUUUUUUGUUUUUUUCAUUU